AUGACCAAACACGUUCUUGAGUUGAAGCAACUGAGUCAGCCAGGGGAUGUGGGACUUGCCAGGAACCUGAGCUUCAACAGCAUAGUGGAUGCUAUUCCAGGCAGCAUGUGCCAACUGCAGGCCCUCACGAGUUUGGACCUUUCGCACAACCAGCUCUCAAAAUCCAUCCCUACUGAGCUUGGCAAUGUGGCCAGCCUCUCCCACCUGAACGUGAGCUACAACAGCAUAAGUGGGGCCAUUCCAGGCACCAUGGGCCAACUGCGGGCCCUCAAGGACCUGGACCUCUCAUACAACCAGCUCUCAGAAGCCAUCCCUCCUGAGAUUGGCACUGCGACCAGCCUCUCCCACCUGGACCUCUCAAACAACAAGCUUACAGGCUCCAUCCCGUCUGACCUCACCCUUGCCUUCCGCCUCUCAUACCUCAACCUGGGCAUCAACUCUCUUGAUGGGUCUAUUCCGGAAAGUUUGAAGCAGCUGGGGAACCUUCAAUUCCUCUUCUUGCAAGGCAACGGCCUUUAUGAGUCCAUAACAAGCAGCAUUUGCGCACUACGCCAAUUAAGAGAGCUGGCCCACGCAAACAACAAUCUCUCAGGGUCAAUCCCAUUAGACCUUUCCCGCCUCGACAACCUUUCACAACUCCUCCUGCAGGACAACAGUCUUAAUGGAUCCAUUCCCGAACGCAUCGGAAAUCUCACAAAGCUAGUGCGACUGGACCUGUCCAACAACCAGCUGUCAGGACCCAUCCCAUCCCAGCUGUCUAAUCUUCGCAACCUCACCCACCUGAAUUUGGCAGGCAGCAACAACAUAAGUGGAACUAUUCCAAGCGAAAUGAGUGUUCUGAACCAGCGCUUGGAAUUCUUCCUCCCAGGCAGCUUCUGCCCGUCAUCAGGCCAAUUCUACGAGUGUGUAAAUGAGGACUCUGUCUGUCGUUGCACAGUGGGUUCUGCAAAACCGCCAACAUCACCAGCACCACCAUCUGUCCUCCCACCAGCCCCCGCGCCACCAUCCUCCUCCUCCUCUCUCUCCACCGCCGCCAUUGCCGGCAUUGCCGUUGGUGCUGCAUUCGGGGUGGCGGCGCUGGUGGCGCUGCUGCUGCUCGUUGUGUGGCGCUACUGCGGCGCUGCCCGUGCUGCUGUGGCGGUGCGGGCAUCCACCCCCGGGGCGGCGUUCAGGGAGUUCACAUUGGACGAGGUGCGGGCAGCCACGGACAGCUGGGCGGAGGCGAACAGCCUGGGGGCGCGUGGCUUCAAUGAUGUGUAUAAGGGCGUGGACCCCUACAAUGAGGGGCUUGUGCUCACUGUCAGCCGCGCCCGCGUCCUUGCUAAUAACUUCAAGAAAGCGGUGGAGCGCAUGGGGGGAGUGCGGCAUGCAAACGUGGUGCGGCUGGUGGGGUUCUGCAUGGAAAUGACGCCCAGUGCGCUGGAGCAGGUCACCCUCUACCCCCUCUUCCCUCACGGCGACCUCGAGAAACGCCUCAGGCCAG